CAAGCCCAAAUCCUCCCCCAAAUCCUAGGUAGCUUGUUCAUUUUUCAAAAAUUGGUUAGCAUUUUCAAAAAGAUGGGCAGCAAGGUCUCUUCCCAAUCCUCCAAUACCAAUUCUCAGCAGCAAAGCACCACCACCACCACCACCACCUCCAGCAGCAGCACCACCACCUCCAGCAGCAGCAGCAGCACCACCAGCAGCGCAUACACCGGACUAGGCAACAUCAUUAAGCUCCUACCGAGCGGGACCGUCUUCCUUUUCCAUUUCCUCAACCCUCUUUUGACCAACAACGGCCAAUGCCACACUUAUAACAAGUACCUAAGUGCCAUUCUCAUCAUAGUCUGCGGCCUUUCGUGUUGUGUCACUAGCUUCACCGACAGCUACAAGGGGAGUGAUGGGUCGACCCACUACGGGGUCGUCACGGCCAAGGGCAUUUGGCCAAGUUCGAGCUCUAGUAAUUCCUUGUCGGGCUAUAAGCUCCGAUUUUCAGAUUUCGUCCAUGCGUUCUUGUCGGUGAUCAUUUUCGCGGUUCUGGCAUUGUUGGACACGAACACUGUGAGGUGCUUUUAUCCGUCUUUCGAGACUACGGAGAAGACUUUGAUCAUGGUUCUACCAACUGUGAUUGGCUCGAUCUCGAGCACGGUGUUCACGUUGUUCCCUAGCACGCGCAACGGAGUUGGGUAUCCUUCAAGUGAUGCUAGUACUACCUCGGGGACUAGUACUACCUCGGAGAGCAAUACCGAGAAAGUUUGAUGUUACACAAGUACAUAAGCAUGGUCCAAUGUAACCACAUGCAUUUCCAAAUACAUGCAUGCAGGAUUUCUCAUAUUAGUCUCAUAUGCUCUAGGAUUAGCAUGCAAUAGCAAUUGUAGAAAAAGGAUUUAUUUGUAUUGGAGUCGAUAAAUUCAUUGAUGUCUUCUGGUUAGUCUGUCGUCACGAGUGGUAUAUCAAUCGUAUUGAACUUCCUUUAUGGC